CUCCGGUUUGACCUCCUCUUCCGCCCCAGCAGUGAGGUUUUCUCCACAGGCUGAAUAAAAGAGGGACACACACACAUCCUGCCAAAAUUCAGGACACCUAGAACAACCUGCUGCAGCGGCGGCUGCCAUCCACAAAGAACCCAAGGGGUGACCCUUCGUCGCGCCUCGGUGCCAAAAAACACACAAAAAAGGACAUACAGUCUGAUAAUGGAGGUCCAUUCUGUGAUGGAAAGAAAAGAUUUUAUCAAAGUAAUACCUUAAGAAAAAAAAAAAGAGGCAACAGUGCAUGUGAGCUUCUGAGAAAAAAGUUAUAUCUUUAAAUCAAAUCAUCAUGUGCUCACAUUCUUAACACUGAGAAAGACCAAAUAUAUUAAAAAAGAAAAAGGAAAAAUCCCAAUUCAGAAGAUAAAGGAAGCGAAUGUGGAUAAAAUCUGACAAAAUUCAGAUUGUCAGGAAGUAAAAGUAAGGUGAAAAAAACAAAGGGAGUCAAGAAGAAGCUCAAAGAAAACUCCAACUGCAAGAGAGCAACUUAGAAGACGUCGUCAAUUAAAGAGCAUUGUUGAGCAGGCCGAGGCGCGGAGUUAGCAGCAGCAGCAGCAGGCGAGACAACUACAAGCAGCGCUCUCCUCUCCGAAAGGACCUCCUCAGUUGAGUCAUGGAGAACUCUCCAAGUCUAUUAAAUCCACUGACUUCCCCAGCGUUGAUGGUCAUGGCCUCUGCAGCUGCUGAUUCUUCAAGAGGACCCACCGCUUCACCCUGCCAGCAGCAGUUUGGGGUGCCCGUGACAGUUGAAAAUUCAGUGCCCUUCCUGGGCGCAUCUUACUCACUCGCUGCCAUGUACCACCAUUCUGAGAGGCUCUCGGGUGCACGGGAGUUUCACUCCUCACACCUUCUUCCAUUUCCCCACCCUCCAACUUUUGGGCAUCCAGGCCUGGGCGGCUAUGGAACGCUGCGCCCUUUUCACCCGACUCACAUGCCAUUUCCAGAUGAGGUGGAAAGGUUUUCAAAUGCUUAUGCAGCUGCUGUCGCAGCUGCCAAUGCCUCAGUGAGUGGUAGCAACGUAAAGCUGAGCAAGCUGCCUUCCUCAGAGCCCCCACAGAUCCGCUACCUCACCUUGGAAAAAGAGACUGGUUCAGCAACCUCUGGAAUGGUGGACAAGAGAAGAGCUUCUCCGUUAUCCGCCUCUGGGUCUGUUGCUUGUCCCAUUGGACAGUUUGAGAGCUUCAUUUCAUCAGGAAAGAUCAUCAGGACAGCAAGUGGGCAUCUCCGACGCACUCCGAGCCCCCUGACGAGCAGUUCUAACAAGAAAGAAAAGAGGAGUGAGGUGUUGUUGAACCUGCAAUGUCCGCUGUGUCACACUGAGCUCACAAGGGCAGAGCUGCGAGAUCACCUGCAGUGUGAGAUUGAGAGGCUGACUCAGUUUAGCCCCAGCCUCUUACACCUUGAAGGACCUCCCGAGAGCUCCCUGUCAGCCACUAAUCAGUCUCCAUCCACAUUUAGCCUGGCGAGACGGGAUCACGAAAGAGAGUCGCCAGCGGGUUCACCCCUUUCUGGAGAAGAGGGACACAAACUGGACAGACGGCAGGUGUACCUGCAGGUGAAAAGCAACCGGGAAGGGCGACUAGGAGCCCGGGCCGGGAGGUGCAAGAGAUUAAGGGCUACAGAUGACGAUCAGCUGGAGGCCCACACUUUAAAAGGUCCUAGACCACCAGAGUCUGAAGAGGACAGCAUGGAAGACUUUGAAUACCGAAGUCCAGCUCAGAGCUCUCCGGCUGCUCUGCUGCAUGUGAAAGAUGGCCGACUGGGGACCCCGCACAGUGUUGACAGCCGAGACAGUGAGCUGGAAAUUGAUUCGGAGCCAGAAUUUGGAGCCCGGGUUUCACAUGACGACAGCUCACUCAUCAAAGUGAGGACAUCUCCUCCGGAAACCCAAUCGAGUGAACCUCAAGAGACACGACUCUUCAAGUGGAGGAAUGAUGGGCUGCCAUCAGGCAGUGAAGCUGAAACAGCGGAGAACCUGAAAGCGCAGAUUUCGGAGCUGACCGCCAUGCUAAAGCAGAAGGAGACGUACCGAUGCCACGUCUGUCUGGGCUUGUACAACACUCCCGUUGCCUCCAUCCAGUGCUGGCACAUACACUGUGAAGACUGUUGGUUACGCUCUCUGGGUUCCAAGAAGUUGUGCCCCCAGUGCAGCACCAUCACCUCGCCUGGAGAUCUGCGCAGAGUCUACUUGUAAAUGGUCACCCGCCCCCCCCUUGACCCCCAGUGUGUUGACCCAGGAUAGCAGGUCCAUUUUCUGAAUGCAUUCACAGCCUCUGUUUCUGCCUACGUGAGAAUAAGCACAUCCUCUAAAGUUCUUCAGAAAUUAACAUUCAACAUCUCCACAGUCGUCCAGAAGAUUUCUACACCCAAUGGUGAAGCCAGGUGGCCGAAGGGGACGAGCGCAUCAGAGGGACAUGCAGUGGCAGCUGGGGGGUCUUCUCCGCACUCCUUAUAUAAUGACACUUCCAGUGCCAAUGCCAUAAUCAGCUCAAGGUUAUCUGGAGACUUUCUGGUGGAUUUUAACGCACCGCACAAGUGAAGCCUCAGAUGAGUUUUUAAUGUAAAAGAGAAAGUCCAUCCAUAGCAGAGGGGCAAUCGGUGCAUCAGCAGUCUGGGGGCUCCAUUAAAGGUAAAAGGUCAGCGAAUUCCCUUUCUCAUGAAAUUUCAAUGCUGGGAAUCGCUUACAAAUAUCCAAGACGCCAAACAGAACCCUAAAUUACCAGUCACUGAAGUCGCUGGGAAAUUCAACGUUCACCUACAUACGGAAUUAGACUCGUAUUCCCUACACUUUUUGUGAAAAUCUUAUUUACGCAUCGAGGCACAGAAAAUUUAAAUGAAAAGUGCGUUUCUUAACUUCUCUUCCACUUUCCUUCCUGGAUAUUAAAUUUAGGCGAAACUCGAUUGGAAUAACGACGCUUCACAUAUACCACACAUGCAAUAAAGGCGCAUGGACCCCUCAACGUUUAUGCUUUAGUGCAAUAAAACGGCGAUGAGAAAUAACAGCAGAUGGUCACUUUCUCCGAGAAGUAUCUCUAUAAAUACAGGGUGGCCCGCCUCGACCGCGAUGACCCCCCGUCUCGCCUGCCAGCGGAUAGGUGGCUGCUGUCGCUGCCUGACCCCUGGAAACCACUUUUGUGGUGGCCGCGUACUGAAGUGAGGACCCCAUUUGAUCCAUUUUUCACUUCACGUAACGCAGUCGUCUCACUGCAGGCGGGACACUUCUUCAUGGGCCAUCCUGUAUAAAGCAAUAAGACAUCCGUCCGUCUGGCAUCCAUGCCCCUGCUGUGCCAGUUUACAACAAACAGACUGGAGAAGUAAAAUGCUGCAUGUACAGUAAGUGGAUUAAGGGGUACCCCUUAACAUAAUUACUUACAUGAUGUUGAAAAGACAAAGCGCACAACUGGAGUCACAAUGCGUCUCCCAAAAGUCCAACCGUAACCUAAUAAUUGAAAAAUCAGAAACUCCUUGAAGGACUAAAUUCAUAACAUAAUAAGAGACUGGGACAAAAAGUAAGUAGGACAAAAGUCGUUAAAUCUGAGACACCCUAAAAAUUAAGCAAUUUGAAUAAAACACAAAAUGUAAAUACUAAAAGAUUUGAAUAAUAGUAAGCAACCUGUAACAAAAAUCACUAAACUUGAGACGCCUUAAAAACAAAAACGAGAGAAACAAAAUAAAUAUUUAUAAUAUAAAAGUAUCCCAGAAUAACUGGACAACAGGCGAUCUAAAUUAUAGGCCCAAAUUGAAGGCGCUGUGACAAUAGAAAAGAUGGUCAGGAGACCCCUGAAGCAAUCUGCUUUCUUGUGGUUGGGGGGGUCAAAUGUUUGAGAGCAAAUAACAAAAAGGGUGCAAUUUCUAGAAUUUCUAGAUGGGCCAACAUCCCAGGUUUGGAAGAAAUGAAAAAUUUAAAGGGGCGAGUGGAGAAAAAGUAAAACACAAGGUGCAAUCAGGCAUCCAAGUGUGAGUGGGAUUAAGGGACAUAUCCACGGACUGACCGACUUCCAUGGGACGCAGUUAUUCAAAGCUACACAAAACCUAACCCAAAAUUCCAGAGGUAGAAAGACGGCAGUUGAGACACACUGUGUGUAAGGAAAAUAAAGCCCCCGCUUACAACAAUCAGUCUGCCCCACUCCCAAGACCAUGAGCCUAAUUCCAGCACAAAUUUACAACAUGAUCAUCCAGGCAGAUUUAAAAUGAAGAGGAAUACAGUUGGAUUAAUGACAUUUUAACACUCCUGGAAAAUCAAAACUUACUUUGCAUCCAAAAUGUCAAAGGAGGGGAGACUUGAUUGGGUAAAACAAAGACACGCCCUCAGAAACUCCUGCUGUUUUCCUUUGUAACAUAUUAAAUCGGGAGCCACCUAAUUUUUGGAAUCGGUGGUUAACACUGCUGCUUUCAACACUGAUCACUUGUCUGUGAAGUGUUUUCCACUUCCCACGAUCAUCUGGCUUUUUCUUCUUGUAAUCCAACUUCCCUCCCACAUCCUUGAAGAUACACGUCUUAAAUUAAUUGGUGACCCUAAAUUGACAGGACACUGACGUAGACCGGCAUCUCAUUUAGGUCUGAAUCCCACCUCGAACUCAUUGCUUCCCAGAUGCGCUCCCUGCAACCCUGAAUUGAUUUAAGGUUGCUGGGGAAAAAAAACCCACAUUAAGUAUGAUUGUAAAAUACAAACAAAUCCUCAAGUAGCCAAUAGCUUGGUGAAAUAAUAAUGAACCAAUCUGAGUUGCAGUGCAGUAUAAACUAAGAUAAGACUAAAAUAAGAACAGGUACCUUAAAAAAAUCUAAAACGUCAAAGCGAAAAGAAAUCCCCAAAUGAAGCUAUGUUGCCCGUCACAAAUUUGAAAUGAGUUGUGCGCGUCCAUCCUCUCUUUACGUUUAAAAACCCGCGUGAACACGCGAUACGCCGUACGUGAUAAUCCCCGCCCAUCUGAGUGGAAGCUAAAGCCCGCGCUGUGUUUACCACGUGACACCGGCGCGGAGAUCGCAUGCGCGGUGAGCGAGUGGAACACUUUUGAUCUUAUUGUGGCCCGCGCGGCGUUCGCUUUCAUGUUCUCCUGUAGUCCAGGAGUGACAGUGUAACAAUGUCCCCUUGGAUGACGUGAGACUCUGCCGAUGAAACAAGAGUUGUGCAAAGUAUUAAUGAUUUUAUGUGGGAAAAAAUGAAGGAGUGUCAGAUAUCGAACAAAAAACGCCGAAGGAAGGCCGAGUGUUAUAUUCUCGGGAAUGGAUGGCCGAACGAUGAGCAGAUGAAUUUCACAUGUCACUGCAUGACAUCUUUGAGUUUUGAGGACCUGUUGCUUCAUUUUCGGCCCAUCCUUCCUCAUUCUGGCAACCAAGUAUUCAGCCUUUUCUUGACAACGUUAGAAAUAUCUUUGCGCGCGCUGCGCAAGGGGCGGGACUCCAAAUCUGACGUCAUUUUCACCGCGCUGGGCGUCGCGCCCACAAGUUUAAACCUUCUCGAAGCGCUCAGUUCGGUCCUCAUAGACCUGCACGUAUUUACCAUUUUAAGGAUUCACAGCCUCGCCGACACGCCGUGAUCUUUAUGAAGUCACUAAGGCAUACGGAUGGUUUUCAUUUAAAUCUGCACAAGAGAGGUUUUGAUUCAGGGCUUAUAUGUAGGUGGGGUGGCUUCGGCGCUGCGUUGCGGACACCGAGCGCUCAUAAUGACAUAAAGAAGGUGAAAGGCUAGGGUAACUAAUGGGUUAAUAAGUUUGGGGGCCUAGGGAUUUGUUAUGUUAUGAUUUGGAUGUGUUUUAUCUUUUCUUUGUUUCAUGGCAAAAUAUUUCACAGUAUGUGUUUAAAUAAAAUACUUUUUUUCUUUUGUAAAUGGAACAAACGUUUUGCAUUUCUUUUAUUUUUUUAAUGCACAAAGCAAAUUAGGGGCUGUGUAGUUUGAACAUCUAAAGCGAAUUUGUAAAAAAAUACUGCAGUAGAUGAUUCUAUAGAGGGCGGCAUGGUGGCGCAGUGGGAGACCUGGGUUCGCUUCAUGGGU